AUGUUCUGGUCGCAGCGCCCCUGGGAGGAUGACCUGGCCGUGGCGCAGGCUGUUUGUGAUGAGAUUAACAUCCCGCUGCACAUAGUGCAUCUCACAGACGCCUACUGGCAGCGCGUGGUGACGCACUGUGUGGGAGAAAUCCGCAGCGGCCGCACUCCCAACCCCGACAUGCUCUGCAACUCGCGCAUCAAGUUUGCGAUGGCUAGACAACUUCACCAGUCUCCCCUCUGGGAGGUGCUAGACCUCGGUCUCUGCCUUGCUCCUCCAGGUGCCUUUUACGAUCACCUCGACUUCACUCAUUUCGACCGCGUUGCAUCGGGGCAUUACGCCCGAGUUAUCCGCUCACCACCACCUGGCCGAUCUCACCCCGGCGAGAGUGUUGCUGUGCGCCUGGUCCUGUCUGCAGAUGAGGUGAGAUAUCAUCUGAGGCGCCUCAAAACACUUUACUCGUUUGACUGUGUGGCAUCGGGGCACUAUGCCCGCGUUGUCCCCUCGCUAACUGACCCGUCUCAACCGGGCCAGUCUGCUGCUGCUGUGCGCCUGGUCCUGUCAGCAGACGAGGUGAAGGAUCAGACCUACUUCCUCUCGCACCUAUCGCAGCAGCAGCUCUCUCGAGUCAUGUUUCCCCUUGGAGCCCUCACCAAGGUGCGACAGCUGGCAGCGGCGUUCAACCUGCCCAACCAGAGCCGGAAGGACUCCCAGGGGAUCUGCUUCCUGGGGAAGGUACGGCCUGGGGAAGGUACGGCCUGGGGAAGGUACGGCCUGGGGAAGGUACGGCCUGGGGAAGGUACAGCCUGGGGAAGGUACGGCCUGGGGAAGGUACGGCCUGGGAAAGUUACGGCCUGGGGAAGGUACGGCCUGGGGAAGGUACGGCCUGGGGAAGGUACGGCCUGGGGAAGGUACGGCCUGGGGAAGGUACGGCCUGGGGAAGGUACGGCCUGGGGAAGGUACGGCCUGGGGAAGGUACGGCCUGGGGAAGGUACGGCCUGGGGAAGGUACAGCCUGGGGAAGGUACGGCCUGGGGAAGGUACGGCCUGGGGAGGGUACGGCCUGGGGAGGGUACGGCCUGGGGAAGGUACGGCCUGGGGAAGGUACGGCCUGGGGAAGGUACGGCCUGGGGAAGGUACGACCUGGGGAAGGUACGGCCUGGGGAAGGUACGGCCUGGGGAAGGUACGGCCUGGGGAAGGUACGACCUGGGGAAGGUGAAGUUCCCUGAGUUUGUGGCGCGGCAUGUGGGCGAGCAGGAGGGACUGCUGGUGAAGUUCCCUGAGUUCGUGGUGCGGCAUGUGGGCGAGCAGGAGGGGUUGCUGGUGAAGUUCCCUGAGUUCGUGGCGCGGCAUGUGGGCGAGCAGGAGGGGCUGCUGGUGGAGGCGGAGAGCGGGGAGGCCCUGGGCGCGCACAGAGGCUUCUGGUUCUUCACCAUCGGGCAGCGGCAAGGCAUCAAGCUGUCUGGGGGACCGUGGUACGUUGUUGCCAAAGACACGGCCACUAACACAGUCUUCGUAUCCCGCGACUACCACUCGCCAGCCAAGUCCCGGCGGCAGUUCUGGGUGGGCGGGUUCAGCUGGACGCAGGGAGGGGAAUGCACCCCUCCUUUGAGUGAACGGCCAAAUCUGACGUGCAAGGUCCGCCACGGCCCCCAGUUCUACCCCUGCUCUUUUGCCAGGCAGGUAGCAGCAGGAAGGGCAGCAGCAGGAGAAACCGCAGCGCUGGUGACCCUCUCCCAGGACGAUCAGGGCCUGGCUGCGGGCCAGUUUGCCGCCUUCUAUGAUGGCGUCACGUGCCUCGGGUCGGGCGUCAUCAUUGGCGUGCCGCCCGGGGACGACAGUGCGGGCGGCAUGAGUGGCGACAGCAGCAGCAGCACAGUGCAGGACCAGCAGAGACCUGAGCAGGGGCUAGGUUCUGAAGCAGAGGAGGGGCAGGAGAAGAGGAAGGGACCUGUGUCAGCUGCAGCGUGGGAGACGGCAAGGCGAGGGCUGGCAGGGGUGAGGAUUGACGAUCCAGUGGAGGAGGCUAUAGCGCGUAUGAAGGCUGACGACGCCACGCCAGACCCUGCCGCCCUGCUGCUGCAGCGGCCAGAGCUAGGGGAUGUUGCCCCGGGAAUGGGGGGAUUACUGGGUUUAGCCUCUUUCAGGGUUCGCGGGGAGGAGUGGGAGGGAGGUUUGGGGCUGGAAGGGAGGGGAGGAGAGGGGAGUGGGGGGGAGGGGAGAGCGGAGGGUGAUUCUUUUGGAGGUGGCUAUAACGAGGAUGGGAAUGUGAUUGAUUUGGAAGGGGUGCUGGAUGGAGGGGAGGAGGAGGAGGAGGAGGAGGAGGAGGAGGAGGAGGAGGAGGAGGAGGAGGAGGAGGAGGAGGAGGAGGAGGAGGAGGAGGGGGAUGAGGGGGGGAUUGAUAUGGGUGAUUUUCUAGCGGGGUUAGAAGGGGACGAGAGGGAGGAGGGUGGAGAAAGGGAGGAGGAGGGAGAAGGGGAGGAGGACGAGAGGGAGGAGGGGGAGGAAAGGGGAGAGGGAGGGGGGCGAGUGGGAGGAACUGAGUUGGCGUUGGGGGAGGAGGAGGGGGAGUGGGGCAAGGCGUUGGGAGACGAACUGGAAAGGGGAAGGACGAUGGGAAGAGAAACGGAAGAGGGGAGGCUAGAGGCACCAGGGAAGGAAAAUGGAGAGCUCGUGGUGGAGAGGGGUGAGAUAAGAGAGAGAAUCGGUGGUGAGCGAUGCAAAGCGGUGGAGGGAGGUGGAGCAGGAGGAGUAGAAGGAAGGGAAUAUCUAGAACAAGGAGCGAGAGGCAAUGGUUUUGAGGUGGAGGGAGGGACAUACUCAGCGGAGCAAGAGCAGCAGAGAGGAGGGAUUUCAGAAAGGGAGCAGAUACAGUCAGAAUUACUUCUGAGGCACCAUGAAAGUCCCCAGGGAGGGGCAUACUCAGCGGAGCAGCAGAGGGAUAGGGAUGUGCCUUUAGAAGGGGGGCAGAGACAGUCAGAAGAGAUGGUGACUUUGGAUAGAGAUGAUUCUCGUGGUGCUUUUACUGGCACUUUGGGGUGUGACAAUCAUGAGGGUGACAAUAGGGAGAGUGACAAAGGGGAGAGUGGUCACGCCUUGGGUGGUGCUAACGGUCACUUGGAGGGUACCUUUCAGCAGCUUAACGAAUCAGAGAGGCGGCACUAUAACGAGGAUGAUGUGGAUAUGGAGGCAUUAGAGGAGCUGCUGCAGCUGUGUGCUGAUGAUGGUGAUGGUGAUGAUGAUGGUGAUGGUGAUGAUGGUGGUGAUGGUGAUGGCGAUGAUGGUAAUGGUGAUGGUAAUAGUGAUGGUCAUGGUGAUGGUGACAGGGGCACAACUGUCAGGCAUGGAUUCUCUUCUGAAGCUCCUCAAAACGGCUUUCCAACUGACCUUCAACACGAGCCACUGGUAUCAGAGCAGCAGAGACAUGACCUGGUGGCUGACCGAAACACAGAUUUCCCUCAUGUGACCCCCGUUGCUGACCGAAGCACUGAUAUCCCUCUUGCUAGCAACCACUCCUCUGCUCCUGUGAGCAACACUCCCCUCUCUCCUGAGAGCGAUCCCAUACAAGCAGCCUCGUUAGCAGCAGAGCGGUCGCUGGCAGCAGUGGCGGGGAUAGCAGCGGAGUGCUUGGAGCGGGAGCUGAGUCGGUUUGAGGUGAUCUGCCCGCCUAGCGGGGAGCAGCUGGUGGUGCUUUAUGUGACGUCUCUUGAAGCCGUCAGGAAGACGCAUGCUGACUGCGUGAAGAUGCGAGCAUUGCUCAAGUGUAUGGAAGAGGGGCGGGUCAGGGCGGGGGACGUGGCGGUGGUGCUGCAUGUGAUGUCGCUGGAGGCUGUGAGGAAGGCGCAUGCUGACCGUGUGAAGAUGCGGUCAUUACUCAAGAGCCUUCACCUGCGAUUCCAGGAGGGUGACGUGGCGCUACAUCCAGCCUAUCAGGACGAGCUGCUGCUGCUAUUGAUUCACUUGCACCCUUACCCUCCCACCCCCUGCUUCCCCCACCCUUCCUCACUCGCUUCCAACCAAUCAGAGCCUUCAUUUGAGAUUUCAGGAGCGUGA